AUGGCCAGCGAAGGUGUGCCCGCGCAAAACUCCCCAUCGGCUCCAGCUCCAGUCCCCCAAUCCACUCAGCCAGUUCAGAGUGUCCUGCAUCCGGCAGAGCCAGAAAGUGAACCCAUUGCUGUUGAGAAGGUCCAAGAGAGCGCCAAGGUUGAUGAUCCCGAGGCUCCAGCCGCAGGAUCCUCUCUAAAUGGACCCGUUGCAUCCUCAGAGCCAGAAGCUCCAGUGACAGCUCAGGUAGAGGAAGCCAAGGUUACGGAAGAGUCCAAGGUGGGAGAACAACCUAAGCUGGACGAGCAAUCCAAAACGGAGGGACUCGAAAAGGAAGCGCCUCAGACUGGCGAGAAGCGCGACCUUGACUCUACUACAAUCCCAGCUCCAGCUCCUCCUGCCACUGAAGAUAAGGAAGAAGCUGCUCCGCCUGCCGAAAAGACAGAAGAGCCUGAGCCCAAGAAGCAAAAGCUAGAUACAGAACCGGACACUGCCAAGGAACCCGUCCAGGAGCCCGAGGCCUCAGCCCCAGCUACAACCGAUGGCGCCAACGGAGAUACCAAUGGAGAUUCCAAGAAGACUGGCCGUCCCAAGAAGGAGAAAGUGAAAGAGGUUAUCAAGAAGGCGGUUUCCACCGAGGGAAUCGGCAGUCGCACUCGCAGCCGAACCAAGGGCGCCUAG